AUGAUACUUGGAGUAAUUAAAAAUUGUUCAAAAUUUCAGUUCAUCGUCUUCGCUGCCUUAGCAGCUAUUGCCAAUGCAGGACACCUCAGUGCUCCACUGGAAUAUGCACCUCUAGCUACAACUUUGGUGAAAGCGGUUGCAGCUCCAGUUGCACACUCAUCAUCAUCAGUUGUGAAGACAGUUCAUCAACAACCACUUGUGUAUGCGGCCAAAUACGCAACACCCAUCGCUUAUGCCACUCCAAUUGCCAAAUAUGCUCCAGUUGCUCUCUCCAGUGCCUCAGUUAAGGCUGUUCACCAUCCAGUGUCUGCCGUUAAGUACGUGCCUGCAGCAUCAUACGCAGUAGCAGCUCCCGUUGCUGCCACAUCAUCAUCAUCCUUCUACCAAGCACCUGCAGUCUACGCUGGAAAAUACGCAUCGCACCCAGUUGUCUACUCUGCUCCUCUAAACUACGCUCAAGCUUACUCUGCACCUGUAGCUUCUCUGAACUACGCUCAAGCUUACUCAGCACCUGUAGCUUCUUUGAACUACGCCCAAGCUUACUCUGCACCUGUUGCCGCUCUAAAAUACGCUCCAUCUUACUCUGCACCAGUUGCCUCCCUUAACUACGCUCAAUCUUACUACGCAUCUCCUUUGUCUUACCCAGCAGCUCGUUAUCUCUGGUAA